AGCGCGAGAUUUCAUUUGGCUUUACUCGAUGUGUUUCGGGUGGAGCCGAAAAGCAGAGAAGCUAAUUUUGUUUUUUUAAAAAGCUGUUUAUUCGCGUAGAAUCACGAAAACACCCAUAACACUGGUCUGACGGUAGCUUUGCUGCAUUUGCACACAGGCAGUCAAAUAAUCGCUAAAUUACAGGUGGAGGAAACACUCAAUCAUCUCAUGGCUCUACGACGAGGGCAGUUCAGGUACUUAAAGGUGUGUGAGGUUCAGUCGUCCCAGGGUGACGUCAGAGACGGCACCGCAGGAGGUGCAGGUGGAAAGUCGGAGCUGUACGAUAACGGCUACAGCGAGCAAAUGGUGGAGGACGAGUCAGAUGCCCGAACAAACCUGAUUGUGAACUACCUGCCACAGAGCAUGAGCCAGGAAGAACUGCGCAGCUUGUUCAGCAGUGUAGGCGAGGUUGAGUCUGCCAAGCUCAUCCGGGACAAAGUGGCAGGCCACAGUUUAGGUUACGGCUUUGUUAACUUUGUUAACCCUAAUGAUGCAGAGAGGGCUAUCAGUACCCUCAAUGGCCUGAGGCUACAGUCUAAAACUAUCAAGGUUUCAUUCGCCCGACCAAGUUCGGACAUGAUCAAAGAUGCUAAUCUUUACAUCAGCGGUUUGCCGAGGAACCUGAGUCAACAGGACCUGGAGGACAUGUUUUCCCGCUUCGGACACAUCAUCAACUCCAGAGUGCUGGUGGACCAGGCCUCCGGUCUGUCCCGGGGUGUGGCUUUCAUCCGCUUUGACAAGAGGGCGGAGGCUGAAGACGCUGUUAAACACCUCAACGGCAAUGUGCCUCCCGGCAGCUCUGAACCAAUCACGGUCAAGUUUGCCGCCAAUCCAAACCAGGCCAGGAACUCCCAAAUGGUGUCACAGAUGUACCACGGCCAGUCAAGGCGCUUUGGCGGACCAGUCCAUCACCAGGCACAGAGGUUCAGAUUCUCUCCGAUGAGUGUUGACCACUCAAGCGGAGGGGGCGGAUCCUCCGGGAACGGGUCGGGCGGUUGGUGCAUCUUCAUCUACAACCUGGGUCAGGAUGCGGACGAGGCCAUCCUGUGGCAGAUGUUCGGGCCGUUCGGAGCAGUCGUCAACGUGAAGGUGAUCCGAGACUUCAACACCAACAAGUGCAAAGGUUUCGGCUUCGUCACCAUGUCCAACUACGAGGAGGCAGCCAUGGCCAUCCACAACCUGAACGGGUACCGGCUGGGAGACAAAGUCCUGCAGGUGUCCUUCAAGACCAGCAAGGGACACAAGUAGAACAAGGACGGAGAGGAUGUGAACCAGUUUAUUUGUCUGGUGGCGUUUGAGCUGUUUUGACAGUUCAGGACUUUUUUCUGCAGUCACAUUCGUAUCGAUGUGAGUUUAUUUUUCUCCCAGCAUGCCCUUUUUUUCCACAGAUGGCCACUUUAUUCGAUUGGUGAUGUAAAGUUUGGACAUUGUAUUUGGAUGUUGAUGGUGGACUAUGACCUGCAAGUUUGAUAGAGUUGUAGAAUAAGGAAAAAUUAGAGUUGUGUUUUUGUUUUUUUGUUUUUCAUCCUGCAGACACUAAAACCAACCUCCACAGCUCAGAGCCAUUGAAAUAUUAUGUUACUGUAAAUUAUAUACACACUUGUAGUUUUUCAUGUGACAGAAUUUUAUUUUUUUCUGUUUCAAGAUUGACUUCACUCUCCACCUGUCUGAAUUUUGGGAAAGACUGCAGGUCAAAAGCUUGUCUGACACAAACAGACCCAGGAAGAACUCAUUUUUAGGUGAAAUGAUCCUUCAAGGAGCAGUAUUUUCUCUUUUGUUUUGCAGCUUCAUUGAAUGUUGGGCUGUUUAUUAAAAAAAAAUAAAUGUUCAUUGGAAGCAUU